UUUUUUUUUAGAAAAAGAAAUACAUGUAUUAUGGGAUUUGGAUAAUUAAUAUUGGUGGAUUAAUAUAGUUGUAUUUGUAUUGUAUGUAUUGUUGGUUUUGUUAGACUUUGGAAAUUGAGAAAGACAACCACACAUGACACAGCAGAGACUUAAUUUGGACUAGUUGACUGCUCAUAAGAUCUCUGAAAAUAAUAAAGAAAAAGAAGAAGAAAGAUGAUGAAGAGAGAAGAUAUGUGGACUAAGUUUUGUGAUGAUCAUUCUGGUAGUUCAUCACCAUUUGAGUUUCUGAGUCAUACUUCUUCAUGCUCCAAAGAUGGUUUGAUGAUCUGUUUAGAUGUUAUUCUUUUACUCCUGCUUUUGAUCACCAUGAUUAAAAGACCAUCAUCAUCAUCAAUACCGGCUCAUGUUAUGCCUCGAUUUCAAGGCUUUUCGGUUCUGCAGAUGAUGUCAGCUGUAUUAAGCAGCGGUAUUGGAUUGUCCUACUUGUGUUUUGGCUUAUGGAUUUUACAAGAGAAGCUAAGGCAAAUAAGUACAGCUAUGCCUUUGAAUCGAUGCCUUGUAGCCUUAUUUCAAGGCUUUACUUGGUUAUUUGUGGGAUUGACAGUAAGUCUCAAGGUGAAACAGCUUGUAAGAUCACUGGUUCAGCUGUUAUCUAUUCUUGCCACUUUGUCUGCUGGAUUUGCUUGUGCAAUGUCUUUGUUCGUGGCCAUUUCGAUCAAAAAAGUGACGAUUAUGAUAGUUUUAGAUGUUUUAUCUCUUCCAAUAGCAGUUCUUUUACUCAUAUGUACUUACAAGAACUGUCAAGAAGAUGGUGAGGCUAAUGAUGAUCAUGAUUCGGUUACCCCAUUUGCCAAUGCAGGUUUUUUCAGCAAGUUAUCAUUUUGGUGGCUAAGUUCAAUGAUGAAAAAGGGUAGGAAGAAAACUCUUGAGAAUGAAGAUAUACCGAAACUGAGAGAGGCAGAAAGAGCUAGAAAUUGUUACUUGAUGUUCUUGGAGAAACUUAACAAGCAAAAAGACCAUUCUUCUAAGCCAUCAAUGUGGAAGAUAAUCAUGUUUUGCCACUGGAAAGAGAUUUUGGUAUCUGGGUUCUUUGCUUUACUAAAGAUUUUGACUCUUUCUGCUGGUCCUUUGCUUCUUAAUGCCUUCAUUUUGGUUUUUGAAGGGAAAGGGAGCUUUAAAUAUGAAGGUUAUGUAUUGGUCAUAAUUCUCUUCUUUUCAAAAUGUCUUGAAUCUGUCUCACAAAGACAAUGGUACUUCAGAAGCAGAAUAAUUGGUGUAAAAGUGAGAUCUUUGCUCACUGCUCUCAUUUACAAGAAGCAGCUUAGAUUAUCUAAUGCUGCUAGGUUGAUUCAUUCUAGUGGUGAGAUUAUGAAUUAUGUUACUGUUGAUGCCUAUAGGAUUGGAGAAUUCCCAUUUUGGUUUCAUCAAACUUGGACAACUAGUCUCCAACUCUGUCUGGCGUUGCUAAUUCUUUUUCAAGCGGUUGGAUUGGCCUCGAUGGCAGCCUUGGUGGCGAUAAUCUUGUCCAUGAUUUGCAAUGCCCCACUUGCUAAGUUAGAACACAAGUUCCAAACAAAGCUUAUGAAGGCUCAAGAUAAAAGGCUGAAUGCUCUCUCUAAGGCUAUUGUGAAUAUGAAAGUUUUGAAACUUUAUGCAUGGGAAACUCACUUCAAGAAUGUGAUACAAAGUUUGAGGAAGGUGGAGCUUAAAUGGUUAUUGGCAUUGCAGUUUCGAAAAUGUUAUAAUACUAUUAUUGUUUGGUCAUCACCUGUUUUUGUCUCAGUUGUAACAUUUGGAGCAUGCUAUUUUCUCAAAGUUCCAAUGCAUGCCAACAAUGUUUUCACUUUCAUAGCAACUCUACGCCUUCUUCAGGACCCCGUUAAAGCUAUACCUGAAGUUAUCGGUGUGGUGAUUCAAGCAAAGGUUGCUUUUGCACGAAUACUAAACUUCCUAGAGUCUCCAGAGUUGCAGACCGCGAGAGUUAAACAAAGGCUUGACACGAGGAGUGUGGAGAAAGCCAUUGUGAUCAGUUCAGCAGAUUUUUCAUGGGAGAAGAAUAGAUCAAAGCCAAAUUUAAGAAACAUAAAUUUACAGGUUAGUCCUGGCGAAAAGGUGGCUAUAUGUGGAGAGGUUGGCUCGGGGAAAUCAAGCCUUUUAGCAGCCAUUCUUGGUGAAGUUCCAACUGUUCAAGGAAAUAUUCAAGUUUUUGGGAAGAUUGGCUAUGUUUCUCAAACAGCAUGGAUCCAAACAGGAACAAUACAAGACAAUAUCUUAUUUGGCUCCACUUUGGAGAAUCAAAGGUACAUAGAAACACUUGAGAGAUGUUCACUAGUAAAGGACUUUGAGUUGCUUCCUCAUGGAGACAAAACUGAAAUCGGUGAGAGAGGAGUAAAUUUGAGUGGCGGUCAGAAGCAACGGAUCCAACUUGCUCGUGCUCUUUAUCAAAAUGCAGAUAUAUAUCUGUUGGAUGAUCCAUUCAGUGCUGUUGAUGCACAUACAGCCACAAGCUUGUUUAAUGAAUAUGUUAUGGAAGCACUUGCAGAUAAAGUAGUCCUCCUUGUGACACAUCAAGUUGAUUUCUUGCCUGCAUUUGAUUCUGUUAUGUUGAUGUCUGAUGGGAAAAUUUUAGAAUCAGCUCCUUACAAUGAAUUAUUGCUAAAAAGCAAAGAUUUUCAAGACCUUGUGAAUGCACACAAAGAGACUGCUGGUUCUGAAAGUCUUGCUUAUGUAAAUACCACAAAGAAACUUGGAACAUCUAACAAGGUUAUGAAGAAGAGUUUUAGAGAGAAUCAAGAUCAAGUAUCAACAGGAGAUCAGUUGAUUAAGGAAGAAGAAAGAGAUAUAGGGAACACAGGAUUUAAGACACUUAAAAAAUAUCUAAACCAGAACAAAGGAUACUUGUUCUUCUUCUUAUUCAUCUUCUUCCACCUUACAUUUGUGAUUGGACAGAUCUUGCAAAACUCAUGGAUGGCUGCCAAUGUUGACAAUUCUCAUGUCAGCACAUUGAAGUUAAUAGUGGUUUACUUGUUGAUUGGAAUUGGCUCAAUAGUAGUAUUACUUUUCAGAUCCUUUGCUAUGGUUUACUUAAGUAUUGAGUCAUCAAAAUCUCUAUUUUCACAACUACUUACCUCCCUCUUUCGAUCACCAAUUUCCUUUUUCGACUCCACGCCUUUUGGAAGGAUCCUUAGUCGGGUUUCAUCUGAUUUGAGCAUAGUGGAUUUGGAUGUCUCAUUUAGCUUACUCUUCACUGUUGGUGCCUGCAUUACUUUUACUGCUAAUCUUUUAGUAUUAGCUGUUAUCACUUGGCAAAUCUUAAUUGUCUCACUACCAACAAUUUAUUUUGCUAUCAAAUUACAGAGAUAUUACAUUUCCACUGCUAAAGAAUUAAUGAGGAUCAAUGGUACAACCAAGUCAUUGGUAGCAAACCAUCUUGCCGAGUCUUUAGCUGGAGUCUCGACGAUUAGAUCCUUCGAAGAGGAAGAACGCUUCUUUGCAAAGAAUCUAGAACUUGUUGACAUGAACACUAGCCCAUUUCUUCACAUCUUUGCAACAAAUGAAUGGCUAAUCGAACGGUUAGAAAUACUCAGUGCAGUAAUUCUUACUUCAGCAGCAUUUUGCAUGGUCAUUUUCCCCCCUAAAACUUUUAGCUCAGGAUUUAUUGGAAUGGCACUAUCUUAUGGCUUCUCAUUGAACAAUUCCCUUGUAUAUUCUAUUCAAAGCCAUUGUACUCUAACAAAUUACAUGAUUUCAGUAGAAAGGCUAAACCAAUACAUGUGCAUACCAAGUGAAGCAUCUGAAGUGAUCGACGAAAAUCGCCCCCCAUCCAAUUGGCCUAAUGUUGGUGCCAUAGAGAUACAUGAUUUGCAGAUAAGAUAUAGAGCCAACUCCCCAUUUGUUGUUGAUGGGAUUAGUUGCAGAUUUAAAGGAGGGCAUAAGAUUGGGAUAGUUGGUAGAACUGGCAGUGGAAAGUCUACUCUUAUUGGAGCUUUAUUUCGUUUAGUAGAGCCAAGUGGAGGAAAGAUUGUUGUUGAUGGCAUUGACAUCUCAACUAUUGGACUUCAUGAUCUAAGGUCUCGUUUUGGAGUGAUUCCACAAGAUCCUACUCUCUUUAAUGGUACUGUUAGAUACAAUUUGGACCCCUUAUCUCAACAUUCUGACCAUGAAAUAUUGGAGGUUCUUGGAAAGUGUCAACUUAAAGAAGCUAUUAAAGACAAAGAAAAGGGUUUGGACUCAUUAGUUGUGGAUGAUGGAUCAAAUUGGAGUAUGGGACAAAGACAAUUGUUCUGUUUGGGAAGAGCUUUACUAAGGAGAAGUCAAAUAUUGGUUCUUGAUGAGGCAACUGCUUCCAUAGACAAUGCAACUGAUAUGAUCCUACAAAAGAUUAUCAGAACUGAAUUUGCAAACUGUACUGUCAUAACUGUUGCUCAUAGGAUACCAACUGUCAUGGAUUGCAAUAUGGUUCUUGCCAUGAGUGAUGGAAAAAUAGUGGAGUAUGAUGAGCCAAUGAAGUUAAUGAAGAAAGAAAAUUCACAAUUUGGAAAGUUGGUCAAGGAAUAUUGGUCUCAUUUUCAGUCUGCUGAAUCAAAUUAGCAAUAAUGCUAACUUCUUUGUUGGAUAUAUCACUUUUAUUUUCUAUCUAUGGAAUAAGACAUAACAUCGGAAACCCAAUAAUUAUCAAUAGUGUUACAUUUUUGUUUUUGGGGUGCGUUUGGAAGUAACUCUGUAAUUAUUAGGUAGGGUAAUUACUACGGUGGUAAUUAUACAGUAUAGUAAUUAUACUAUAUUUUAAAAUACAAUGUGUGUUUGGAUA